CCGCGGGAUAAGAGCUCAGUCGCUGUCAGGAAAGAAGCCGGUUUGUUCAAGUAAGGACAGAAAAGUAGCGUUAAUUUUACAGAAAAUGUCGAACAACGAUUCUAAGAUGAGGAUUGGGGAUGGGCAGGACAACACUACUUAUCUUGAAGAACUUCGGCUUGAGUCCCGCCAAACAAAUCCAAAUUCACAUGCAGGGCGCUUGCUUCAAUCAGAAAUAAGCAGAAUAGAGAAAGGAGAGGCCAAAGAGCGAGUUGUCUCAUGGAUUGACGUGCAUCCAAACAACCCCCAGCCUAUGUCUGUCAGAGUGCGCAUUCCAGUGAAAGAACACCCCAGAUUCAACUUUGUUGGCAAAUUGUUGGGACCCAAAGGAAGCUCCCUGAAGAGACUCCAAGAGGAAACAGGUACCAAGAUGUCCAUCCUAGGAAAGGGAUCCAUGAGAGACAAAGCCAAGGUAACUUGUCAUUGCAUUACAA